AUGGGCAUCCCCAUGGCGGCGGCGGCGGUGGUGGUGGCCGGGGUCGGGGUGUGUGGGCCUGGGCCUGCUGAGCGACGCGCUGGCGCGGGCGGUCUGUCGGCGUCGGCGUUCCUCCCCGGCCCGCGCCGAGCUGCGUCGGUGCGGUGGCGGCGGCGGCGGCGCCUGGUCCAGCGCGGGAGGCAGCCUCCGUCGGGGAGGGGAAGCGAGCGGGUGCGUGGCUCGGCGUGGGCAUUCUCGCCCCCGCGGUCCCCUCCCUCGCCAGGGCGCUUCCUCCCCGCUGCUCUCUCGCCCCUCCUCCCCCGCCCCCGCGAUUCUCUUCAGUCCCCGCCGCUGCCGCCAGGUAUCGAUCCCGUCCUCCCUCCCGCGGCCUCGCCGCGCCUCGCCGCCCGACCCCGAAGUGCUCGCAUCGCGCCGCCCUCGACCCCGCGCCCGGUGACCCAGUGGGCCGCGCACGGGGCCGGUCAACCCUUGUCAUAUAUUCGCACCAGGCAGGCGUGCAAGCCAGGCCAAUCGGCACGAAUCUGUUCCACGAGCGCCCGCUGGCCGGCGGCGGUGGAGACGGCGACGGCGACGGACGGCGGCGUUGGCUGCGCCCGGGCAGCGGGGCCGAUGCGUAAGGUCAGGACCCGGCGCCGUAUCUCUCUCGCCGCUCCUCUUCGACCGCCCUCCCAACCCCAACCCCGGCCCCCGCCCGCCCCGCGGCUCCUCGCCUCGCCCGCGGCGGGCAAUUGCCCCGAUGAUACUUUCUGUUCGUCGCCUUCGUUUUGGUUCCCGCCGCCGCCGCCGCCGCCCGAGGCUGUGGCCUGGACGGCGGCGGUGGCGGGGCGGACUCGUUGCAGGACGCUGCGGGCGCCGCCGCCGCCGCCGUCGCCGCCGCCGCCGCCCUCGCCGCUCCGCAGACGCUCCAAUCAGCGCCGGGCGCUUCGCCCGCCGUUUCGCUGCGCGGCGUUUACGCGACGCGAGAUUGCCGGCGGGCGAGGACGCGAGUGGCGCACGAUGUUGGUUUUAAGAGAGCUAACGGCGCGCUUCGAACACCACCCGCGUGCUGCGCGAGGUGACGCUUUCCAAACUUACGAAGAACUAUCAGAGGCCCUUGAACUUUAG